AUGGAUCCCGGCGCGACGCCUCCGCCGCGGAGUUCGUGGCUGCUGCCGGGGCUGCUGCUGGCGCCGCUGCUGUGGCCGGGGCUGGCGCUGGGCACGCUCGCCGCGGACGGCAGCCCCCGCAGGGUCCUGGACGACCUGCUGUCAGAGCAGCAGUGGCUGGACGUGGAGGACUUGUCCCUGGCCCUGCUGCGGGGAGGAAGACUGGGGCCACGGUCCCUGCCCCCGGACCUGCCGGACCUGGAUCCCGAGUGCCGGGACCUGCUGCUGGACUUUGCCAACAGCAGCGCGGAGCUGACCGGGUGCCUGGUGCGCGGCGCCCGGCCGGUGCGCCUCUGCCAGACCUGCUACCCCCUCUUCCAACAGGUCGCCAGCAAGAUGGACAACAUCAGCCGAGCCGUGGGGAAUACUUCAGAGAGUCAUAGUUGUGCCAGAAGUCUCUUAAUGGAAGAUAGAAUGCAAAUAGUUGUGAUUCUGUCUGAGUUCUUUAAUUCCACAUGGCAGAAGGCAAAUUGUGCAAAUUGUUUAACGAACAAAAGUGAAGAAUUAUCAAUUAGCACGUUAAACUUCCUCAAUCAAUUCAAUAACACCUUGACCUGCUUUGAGAAUAACCUUCAGGAGAGCAUGCACAGUCUUCUCCAGUUAAAAAAUUAUUCAGAAGUAUGCAAAAACUGUCUCAAUGCAUACAAAACUCUGAGUAGUAUGUACAGUGAAAUGCAAAAAAGGAACGAACAUGAGAAUAAGGCUGAACCUGGAACACAUUUAUGCAUCGAUGUGGAAGAUGCAAUGAACAUUACUCGAAAACUUUGGAGUCGAACUUUCAAUUGUUCGGUCCCUUGCAGUGAUACUGUGCCUGUAAUCGCUGUUUCUGUGUUCAUCCUUUUUCUACCUGUGGUCUUCUACCUUAGUAGCUUUCUUCAUUCAGAACAAAAGAAACGAAAACUCAUUCUACCCAAACGUCUCAAGUCCAGUACCAGCUUUGCAAACUUUCAAGAAAAUUUAAACUGA